CCAAAAAUUUAUCCCCCUACCUUCCAUUUCUUCCUAUCGGCGUCUUCCUCUCUCUAAGGCACCAGCUUUCGUCGUGGAGCUAGACAACCGCCAUGCCCACGACAUCGUCCUCCCCAAGCACCGCCGCGUUCGGAAACCACCCGGCCAACCUUUUAUCGCGGCUCGGCUCAACGGAUGCGGAAAUCAAGCUCAAGGCGCUCCGCGAGGUCAAGAACCAGAUAAUUGGGAAUCGCACCAAGAAGCUUGCCUUCAUCAAGCUCGGCGUCGUCCCAGCUAUUGCAUCCAUUGUUGCCGAUUCAGCAGCUUACGUGGCCGCCAAUGCCGUCAAUGACAGUGAUAAUAAGGACAGUAACAAGAGUGAUAACAUUCUUGUGCAGUCGGCGGCAGCUCUAGGGAGCUUCGCUUGUGGCUUCGACGCCGGGGUCCAGGCCGUGCUCGAUUCCGGGGCGUUCUCUCACCUUCUGCGGCUUCUCUCAAAUCGUAACGAGAAGGUGGUUGAUGCUGGUGCCCGUUCCCUUAGAAUGAUUUAUCAAUCAAAACUAGCUCCUGAAUAUGAUUUCCUUCAAGAGAAAAACAUGGAGUUCCUUCUCUCACUAUUGAAUAGUGAUAACGAAAAUGUUAGCGGACUUGGUGCAAGCAUUAUAACUCAUUCUUGUGGAACAAGUGCUGAGCAGAAUGCUUUGUAUGAUGCUGGUUUGAAGAAGCUUACUGGUCUUCUUGAAGGUUCUUUAAGUCAAAGAGAUGCUAGUUUAGAGUCUUUAGCUGCUAUUUUCAAGAACAAUUCUGAUGUUAUUACCAGAUUUAUGGAACUUAACAGUGGAAGAUUUUUAAGUUCUAUAGUUGAAUUAGCAAAGGAUAGAUAUGCCAGAACGAGGUUGCUUGCAUGCAUGUGCUUGAUAGUCAUAAGAAACACUUCUCCAGGCUACCUUCAAGAUACCGGAAGCAAAACCAAAUUGAUACAUGUUUUACUUGAGCUUCUUGAUGAACCUGGCCCAAUUGGAGAUGAGGCUUCCUUCGCCUUUUCUAGUUUAAUUGCAGGGAAGGAGGAUCUACAGAAACUGGCUCUUGAGGUUAAUGCUAUUGAUAGAUUAUACAACCACAUCGAAAAACGGCCUUUGCAGCCCAAGCGUUUUGAAGGUUUGCUGUUAGCUCUAGCUGAUAUGUGCUCAAUGUUGGAGAUUUGCAGGUCUAGAUUCUUGUCAUUGGAGGUAUUGAAUGUGGUAACCAAUGCACUAAGUCAUGAUAGCGCUGAUGUACGUACAGCAGCUUGCAUUUGCUUACAUAGUGUCACCCGGUCAAUCAAGAAACUGAGUGCAGGCUGUUUCAUGAAUGAAGCUGUUGUUGCUCCUCUGAUUCAGCUUUUGCAUGACCCAUCAACCUUUGUCCAGGUUGCCGCUCUUGGUGCUGUUAGCAACAUAGUGGUAGAUUUUGCAAUGCGCAAGUUAGCUUUCAUACAAUGCGGAGGUGUGAAACAGCUUAUUCAGUUAUCUAAAUCAAUGGAUUCAACCAUCAGGUUAAAUGCAUUGUGGGCUUUGCGUAACUUGAUUUUCCUAGCGGACAACAAAUGUAAAGAAGGGGUGUUCUCAGAACUUACGGCUCCAUUACUAGCAAGUCUAAUCAGUGAUCCUGAACCUCCUGUGCAAGAGCAAGCUUUGGCUUUUGCUCGUAAUCUUGUUGAUGGAUCUAUUGAUUCUAUUGAAUAUGUUUUCAGUGAAGGUUGGAUUAUAUUAAAUGCUGUUGUGAAGCAAUUGCAGAAUGCUUCAAAAGCUGAAAUUGGGAUACAGGGGAUGUAUGUGCUUACCAAUGUGGCAAGUGGAAAUGAGCUUCACAAAGAAGCAGUAAUGCACCAACUCCUACCUCAACCAGAUGAAGGGACUAAACAUUUCAUACUCAAGUUUUUGCAAAGCAGCAAUAGUCAGUUACGUACAGCUACAGUCUGGCUUAUCAUAAAUCUUACUUCUCCAUCCAGUCCAACUGCAGUCAGUCGGCAUGCAAAACUGCGCAAUGCAGGCAUCAUUUCUCAGAUUAAGAAUAUGGGAAACGAUCCCUGCUUGGAUGUUAAGCUUCGCGUUAGAACAGCAAUUUUGCAGUCCUUGACUUUUGGCGAUGCUUAAACACAUCAUUGUUUUCUCCCCAUGAAUCCAAGACAGAGUUAAGAUAUCAAUACAGUUUUGUUCUGGUUCUCAACUUUGUUGUAUAAAAAUGUUUUGAUCUCUUCUCUUAUAUCGAGACAACGAGGUGUGCUUUAGUCAAAGACUCAAAGCUCUUAUGGUAGAUACAUUGUUAAUAGUCUUAGAACUAAGCUCUGGGUAGAAGCUUUAUCAUGACAUUAAAAACCUUUUUGUUAAUCGUUUGUUCAGUAUUUUGUACAUAAUAUUCCAAUUGAAAGUUGUAAGUCCCAAUUUAUGGUUGUGUAUUCUGUUCCCUUUUCCCGGGACCAACGGCGGAGUUUAGAAUGUCUAAUUAGAAAGAGUUAUUGUGAGAUAAUUUCUGGGCACUUCAAGUACCUUGUUUGGUUAACAAUGAUCAGAUUUAAGUAUUGUGAGAUACUUUCUGGC